UAUAGGCAUAAAUGGCUACUGACCUCCAACCUCUCCAAAUGUGUCUAUAAGCUCCAGUAGGACCAUUGUGACAACAGGUUACACAACUCUAUGUUCUAUUACUGCAGUAGUAUCAAGUGAAAGCAUGUCUGUGUACGCUAUCCACAAAGACUACAUGUGUGUUCUAUAGUCAAUCAGUUUAACAAAUGUCUUUUGUUUUAUUGUCUAAUCUGCAGUUUCACAGAUUGUACCAGCCAGUGUUGCAAUACUUAACACAAGUGUAGUAUGGUCUUGCUACUGCCCACAACACAACAUGUUGAAAUAUAAAUGCAGGGGAAAUUAUAAGUGAGUUGAGUGUAUUUUUAUUUUAAAAUGUUCCAUGAUUUGGUUGCAAACACUCAUGUUCAUUCCAGGCUAGUUGGGGCUGAAAGUCUAAUAUAGCUGUGAACAGUCAGACGUCAAACAUUAAAAUGGUUCCUCUCCACCCCGUUUGGCAAAUGAAAACCUGAGCUUAGAUGCAUUCCUGGCCUGAAAUCUGAUGUGCCUGGGCUUGGGAGCACACACACUCCUGCAUGUGAAGCCCUUCUUCUCCAAACACCUUUCUGCUUUGUGCACAUGGCCUUGCAGUUGUUUUAACUAAUUGCAUGAACUAUAACAUUAUAGGCCUACAGGCCAGGUGUUCAUAAUGUCAGUGUGAUGGGGGAAGUUAUUCAGAGGCAGGCAUUGAGACAUCAGCGACAGUGUGUUCUGUAGGAAGUCGCAGGUUCAUUAACACACAGGACUUAGGCACAGUCCCUACUACUAAUAUGUAUGCGUGCGUGCGUGCGCAGAGAAAGCAAGAGAGAUUUGGCCGGGUGCUCCAGUGAGGGGCCCACGUGCUCUGUGUGUGGUCCUGGUCUCUCCCUGACUCAUUCUCAGACAGCCAUGUUGCUGUGGGUUUUAAGGAGGCCCAAUGCUUCACUCAGAGAGAACGAUGGGGAAACAUGGGGCUCCCCUCAUUCAUACAGCACAGGCCAAAAACAAAACAUCUAUUGUCAUUUCAACCAGCAGGAGGUAGGCUGUUGGAGCAUUACAUCUAAUGCACUGCCCUAUAACGGUCAGGUUAGAGAGAGACUUUGAUCACAUCACAAGCACGAAGAGGAUUGUUUGAGACUGUAUGGUGUUCUGGCUAUGUGAAUGAUGAAACAUUCAUUAAAUCUACAGUGUGGCUGUCCCAUUGGUUGAUAUAGACAGAAUCUUAAAUCUGACCAAUGUCAGUCACUUAUGGCUUCAUUUACAGUUAACGUAUAAUCAACCUCUGAAAGUUUUCUUGGUCAGUUUGAGGUCUCAUUCGGGUGAAGAGCAGUGCUACCUUAACUGGGAGAGAGAAUCCACAUUUCCAUUAUGAGGGUCUCCUAGGAAACUGAUUUAAUAUGGACUGGGAGGAAAUAAACAAGACAAACUUUUUUUACACAUCCAAAAUGCCAUGUUAUUCAUUAUUUAUAAUUCCACCAGGCCAUCCCAUCCCCCAACCAACACCCAUACAGUAGGCUGCACACUCGUUUAGAAACUGUGCAAUUUAAGCAGAGAAAAUGACAAUCUUGUCUGAUCUUUUAGAAUCAAAGUAGCCUAAGGAGUGGAUAAUUGACUUGUUUAUGUCCACGACAACAAACUUUCCCUGAGUGGCUACUGGCAUGCCGCUGGCGGAUAAACUUGCAGUUACCAUUUUUGUGGUGGUGAAUGAACAGUCUUUGGAGUGGGAUGACAAAGAAAUAUAGCCUACUGUGCUCGCAUAUUCACUAAGAUUUCAAUUGUAUGGCAAAGUGAGGCUCUAGUUUAAUCACAGAUUUGAAGUACUAUCGAAGAGACUACUGAAAUGCUUGUUCACACCAACAUAACUGAUCAGUCUGUGAUUUCAAAUCUAUUCAUUCUUAAUAGCAACAAGUGCAAAUGUAGGAGGUACGGUCAGAUGUAAGUCGUGGAGGACAAUAUGGGUCUUUGGAGAUCUUUCAAAGACUUGUUUUUGGAAAUGAACAAAGUGAGUGUCUUAAGGUACUCCAGUUAUAUAGCCAAGCUAUCAUUUCUCAUUAUGUAUGUAUUCCUUGUGUUACAAUUUUUUGUUAAAUAUUAUUAUUUGUUUUAUUUAUGUAUUGUAUUCUGCAGUGUUGGUAAGGGCACAUGAGUAAGCGUUUCACUGUCUACACCUGUUGUUUACGAAGCAGGUGACAAUAACAUUUGAUUCUGAUUGAUUUGACGAAUGUGUUGUGUCAGAAAUAUUGGCUCUAAAUGAACGGACGAUUAAACAAACAAGCAUAUGAUAUAAAGGUACACAGCUGGCUUUCUUACUGCAGUCUGUCCUGGUAGGACAGAGAUUGUUUUGGUAUUCCUAUAAGGCAUAGUUUUACCCAUGGAGAGGGGGAUGGGAUGACAGGGUUUUGUUACUUUGGCUCUCCCCCACCAUGUGCAUACCAGAGGCAGAACAAAAUAGCAGACACGACUGCAAGCGAGAAAAACAAAGACCAAACUCCAUCAGACACAUCGCAGAAUUCUAUAGAAAUACCCCAAAACUGCCCAUUUUUGGGAUAGGUCUACAUAGAUGAAAUGAAAAUAGUUUUUUUUCAGCAAAAGAGGGGAAAGUGGGAGCGCGAGGGGGUUGGAGCGCGUAGACUAGAGAUCAUGUUACAGUUUCAGACUUUUCACGGCAAGUUGUGGGGGAGGGUGAAUCUGUUACUUUGAUUUCUUUUUAAUAGGCAUAUCCAACAAAAACAGCGGAAGGAAUAGUUCCACUUGAUUUUAAUUGAAUAUCAUGCAUGCAUCUUUUCGUUUUUUGGUGGCGAUCGAAUUGUGUGUAGGGAAUUCCAAAUCAAGGACUACAUGACAAAAUGCUAAAUGAAAAAGUUCGGGACUGUGUGAAAACUGGGAAAACGUUUCGUUUCAUUGUAUCAUAAUGUUACAUUCGGCAUCAAAUGAACAAGAGCACUUCGUGCUAUUUUUAUUAACGGUUACUUUUUAGAUUACUGGAAUACAAAGUAUAAUUUUUUUCUUCCUGGAAACAAAGUUGCACCGUUGAAUCUCCAAGAUGUCUUCCCGUGGAUGGAGUUCCAUUGUUGGUGGGUUGGGGAUGCUUUGCGUUUGGGCUGCCUCCUUUCUGGUUACUCAUGCGGUAACGGUACAGAGAAACGAAACAAUUUUCAAUGAUUUCUGCAAGAAAACUACAACAUGUGAAGUGCUUAAAUAUAAUACAUGUCUUGGGUCCCCACUACCGUACACGCACACGUCUCUUGCCUUGGCUGAAGACUCAAGUACCCAAGACGAAGCAUUUGAGAAGUUGGCCAUGUGGUCUGGUCUGAGGAACGCCCCUCGCUGCUGGGCGGUCAUCCAGCCCCUGCUGUGUGCCGUCUACAUGCCCAAGUGUGACAACGGGCAGGUGGAGCUUCCCAGCCAGCACCUGUGCCAGGCUACGCGUCGCCCCUGCAGCAUCGUGGACCAGGAGAGGGGCUGGCCCAACUUCCUCAAGUGUGAGGAGAUGGACAAGUACCCCAUGGGCUGCACGAACGAGGUGCAGAAGCUGAAGUUCAACACUUCGGGACACUGCGAAGCCCCCCUGGUGAAGACAGACGUUCAGGCCAGCUGGUACAAAGAUGUGGAGGGCUGCGGCAUCCAGUGCAACAACCCCCUGUUCACCGACGAGGAGCACUCGGACAUGCACGCCUACAUCGCUGUGUUCGGCACCGUCACCCUGCUCUGCACCUUUUUCACUCUGGCCACCUUUCUGGCGGACUGGAAGAAUUCAAACCGUUACCCCGCCGUCAUCCUCUUCUACAUCAAUACCUGUUUCUUCAUGGGCAGUAUCGGCUGGCUGGCUCAGUUCAUGGAUGGAGCUCGCAAAGAGAUCGUGUGUAAGAGUGACAACACCAUGCGUUUAGGGGAGCCCUCGUCUACCGAGACUCUGUCGUGUGUCAUCAUCUUCAGCCUCGUCUACUACUCCCUGAUGUCUGGGGUGAUCUGGUUUGUCAUGCUGACCUUCGCCUGGCACACGUCCUUCAAGGCCCUGGGCACCACCCACCAGCCCCUGUCGGGCAAGACCUCAUACUUCCACAUGGUCACAUGGUCCGUCCCCUUCAUCCUCACUGUGGCUAUUCUAGCCACCGCUGAGGUGGACGGAGACUCUGUCAGUGGGAUCUGUUUCGUGGGCUAUAAGAACUACCGCUACCGUGCUGGCUUUGUGUUGGCUCCCAUUGGAGUUGUGCUUGUCAUUGGUGGCUAUUUCCUCAUACGAGGAGUCAUGACGUUGUUCUCCAUCAAGAGUAACCACCCGGGUCUUCUGAGUGAGAAGGCAGCGAGCAAAAUCAACGAAACAAUGCUAAGACUUGGUAUAUUUGGGUUCCUGGCGUUUGGCUUUGUCUUAAUCACAUUUGGCUGCCACUUCUAUGACUUCUUCAACCAGGCUGAGUGGGAGAAGAGCUUCAGAGAAUAUGUGUUGUGCGAGGCCAAUGUGACGAUCGCUCAUCAGACCAACAAGCCGAUCCCAGAAUGUACUAUCAAGAACCGUCCCAGUCUACUGGUGGAAAAGAUUAAUCUGUUCUCUAUGUUCGGCACGGGCAUCGCCAUGAGCACCUGGGUGUGGACCAAGGCCACGAUCCUCAUCUGGAAACGCACCUGGUGCAAGGUUAUCGGCCGUAGCGACGAUGAGCCCAAGAGGAUAAAGAAGAGCAAGAUGAUAGCCAAGGCCUUCUCCAAGCGCAAGGAGCUCCACAAAGACCCGGAGAAGGAGCUGUCCUUCAGCAUGCACACUGUCUCUCAUGACGGGCCAGUAGCUGGCAUCAACUUUGACCUGAACGGGGAGCCAUCCAACGAGAUGUCUUCAGCCUGGGCCCAGCAUGUGACCAAGAUGGUGGCCAGGAGGGGCGCCAUUCUACCGCAGGACAUCUCUGUCACCCCUACAGGGACACCUGUUCCACCGCCAGAGGAGAGGAACAAGCUGUGGAUGGUGGAGGCGGAGAUCUCCCCUGAGAUGAUGAAGAGGAAGAAGAAGAGGAAGAAGAGGAAGAAGGAGGCGCGUCCUCUGGAGGAGCUGGCCGAACACCAGGGCUACCGUCAGCGAGAGUUUGGCACCAGCUCGGUGCCACGGCUACCCAAGCUGCCCGGCCACAGGAGCCUGGUGGCCAAUCUGAGGCAGCACCAGGAGGCUGAGGACGUCCUUCCAGGCUCUUACCCAGAGUUUAGGCCCUCUCAUCCCCUGCCCUACCAGGAGAGGUACGGAGGAGCCCUGGGGGCCUCCUCUAGCCAGAGGAGCAGGUACCCUGACCUCAACCCCCUCUCCCUCAGCGACCUGCCAGAGGACCUCGGCCUGGGGCCUCGCUGCCGCCCCCAACAACCACCCCUCUCCUUCUGGCAGCCCAAUGGAGCGUUCCACUACUCCGGGGAGGUGGCGCCUAUGGCAGGGCUGUCUGGGAGGACAGACCACAUGGGGAGGUCGCAGGGGGGUCAAAGGAGGGCGGAGUGGGGGCAGAUCCACUCUAGAACCAACCUGAUGGAGGCGGAGCUUAUGGAUGCUGACUCUGACUUCUGAGAGCAAACGUGUGGUUGUGGGGUUUUCUGGGGGUUUUUACAGACUGUGAGAGAAAAGUGCUGGAUACUUACACUUAUGGUGCUCCCUUGUCACUGCCCAACAGUCAAGAUGAAACAGGACUCAAGUCAAGUUAAUUGGUCAGAUCUGUUUCAUUUAAAGGGAAGGGCUAAAGGAGAACUGAUCAGGCCAGUUUGGGUCAUCAGGGUGAGCUUCAUGAAAGCUUAUUGGCUUAUGUCCCACUGGGCACAAACUGGUUGAAUCAACGUUGUUUCCACAUCAUUUCAACCCCCCAAAAUCUAUGCGAUGACGUUGAAUCAAUGUGGAAAACUGAUUGGAUUUGAACGUGAGGGCAUUUCAUAUUUUUUUCACCCAACCUUUAAGCUAAAUCCUAUGACAUGGUGUCAUUUGUUGUUGAUUUCACAUUGAAUUCACGUUAGUUAACAACUCAACCAAAUGUAAAUCAAAACUAGACGUUGAACUGACUUCUGUACCCAGUGGGGCGGCUCUGAAUGUCUCUUAACAAAUCACAGUAGCUACACUUUCAUAAAAAUGUGUUUAAAAAUCUUUAAAAUCUAUAGCUGCGUUUAGACAGGCAGCCUAAUUCUGAUAUUUUUACCACUAAUUGGUCUUUUGACAUCCUUUUCAGAGCUGAUCUGAUUGGUGAAAAAAAGAUCAGAAUUAGUCUGCCUGUCUAAAUGAGCUAAAUUAUUUGAAUAAAGCACUUUUCUGUUCUACAAGUGGUCUGGGUCUAUAGUUGUGGAGAGAAAUAAGGUACCUCGUUAGCUACAAAGCUUUUCGGAAACGCCUCCCAGACUCGUCAAUGCUGUGUGACUUACUGAAAAUAAUUCCACUUGUGGCAUUGGUCAGAAAACGGACAUGAUCACCCAUGUUGCAACAACUAACUUCUGUUGUCAGAAACAUUUCAUUGAAUGAUGGCAGCAGAAGAGGCAGCUCAACUCUGAACGAAUUGGAUGAGGGUCACCAUCACUGACAUGAUCCCGGGUCACUAUCUCUUGGAUCAGAUAUCACUCUUGUUGAUUUCAGUCUCAUAGCCAUUCAUUCAUUAUAUGACUUCCAAGACUCUUCCAGGGAUCUUGUCGUUCCCUGAGUCAUUUCAUGCAUCUUAGGGUUCAUGUAAGUAGUGUAAAGUGGCUUCCUUUCCUUGUCUCUUUUCCACGUCAUUGCUGACUUUAGAAAACUGGACCGGUGAAAGCUAAUUCCAUGUAGGCGUUCUCCAUAUCGCUUUCAACUAGCCUGUGUUAAUAAACUAAAUAUGACUAGAUCUGUAACGAUGGAGAGGAAGCCACUUUAGAUGAUUGACAUGCAGCCUCAUAUGAUGCAGAAACUAUCAGGCUCUGGAAGUUCCAUGUCUUUGUGUAUCAUCGUCAACUAGUAGUCUGUACUUUUGUCACAAAAAUAUAGAACUGUUUUUAUAUUGCCUGGUGCAAUCACACAAAAGUGAGCUUUUUUCACCUGAGGAGAAAGAGAAUUGAUUAGGUUUUUAUACCAGUGGAAAUGAAAUACACAACUGAGUGGGAAUCAAUCACUUCAUUUCUUGAAAGUGUUCUUGCACAUGUUAGCUACAUCAGUUAAAUUGUUACGUUUUUUUUCUGUACAAUUGUAUUAAAAAGGGUUAUUUUUUUACUGUAGUAUUUCCACGUUGUGUUUUACUCUAUUGGCAGCAGUGCUUGACUUGGACUGAAAUACAGUAGGUGCCGGUACUAAUUUUACAUGCUGGUACUGUUUUUAUUUAGGUGCAGGAGCUCCACAAUACUUUUCAGCUAAUAUUCUAGAAGAAGAACAGGCAGUAGAAAAAUGUAAGAUGCCGGUACUCAGCUCCGGUACUCAGCUCCGGUACUCAGCUCCGGUACUCAGCUCCGGUACUCAGCUCCGGUACUCAGCUCCGGUGAGCUCCUACCCAAGUUAAGCAUACGUAUAGACAACCUUGGCUAUACUUUGUUGAGUUUUCUGUGUUUUUAUUGUAUAGGACAGUGCUAUAUAUUUUGUCAUGUUGUCCUAGAGUUGAGCAAAACACCUUUAUUCUAUGCUUGUAAUUAUCUGCUACAAUUUCUAAAUGCACGUGUCUUGUCCAACUCUCUCUAUGUGUAGUGCACCUAUUCAUUUAUUGGGACCUAGGACGCAGUGGAGGCUGCUGAGGGGAGGAUGGCUCAUAAUAAUGGCUGGAACGGAGCAAAUGAAAUGGCAUCAAACACAUGGAUGUGUUUGAUGUAUUUAAUACCAUUCCACUAAUUCCAAUCUAGCCAUUACCACAAGCCUGUCCUCCCCAAUUAAGGUGCCACCAACCUCCUGUGCAAGGAUGCAGCAUACUUGUACAAUUCUAAGUUGUUAGACUGUAUGUUUGGUUGGUUUUCCAUGCUGAGGUACAUUACAGAUUUGCUCAGCAAAAGGGAAAAUUCACUGAAGCUCGUGAUGUAGUUGUACCAAUGCUGUAACCAAAGUAAUUUAGUAUUAUUGUCUUUGCGUCACACUCACAACAGUAUAAAGAUGGUGCCAAACUAAAGAUGUAGAAUCUUAAUUUGAUCAACCUGUUGCAGGAGAAAUGUAAAACUUGUACUGCAUUUGAGGUUUAAAACGGCUUCUGAAGUUACGAAAAAUGGAUCCAUCGCUACAAAAAUGGUCAUUAAUUAUAAUCCACAUAAUAACUCACAUUUCCUGUUGCUGCAGGAUUAUGUUUUUGCUGUAGCAAACUGGCUCAAAUUAAGAUCCUACAUAUGUAGUGUCAAUGUUAUGAUAGUCCUAUUAGCUAAUGUGCUAUGUGUAUCAGAGAUUAUUUAUAAAAUGUCCAUGUCUGGAAGAUAAAUUAAGAAAGCUGUAAAGCACUGCAAUGAAAAUAACACUGUAACAUUUGCUUAAUACAUUUGGACAUUUCUUGCACCAUCAGUGCAAACGAAUGUAAAUUUCCAUUUAAAAAAUUGUUUUGUGAAAAUACAUAAUCAAAAAAAGACACAUCAUAUCUAUCAAAUGUAUAUGAUAUUUCUCAUGUUGGAUACUGACCAGCCAGUUUAUUCCAUGGGAAAUGAACCUUGAUAUACUUUUUGAGGUAUUGUGAACAUUCUCAGAGUUUUCUUUUGCUGUCAAAGAGAAUUAAAUACAGUCCAUCUCUUUGUGGGUUCUUUAUAUUGGCAAAAUCCAUUUCCCUAUUGUCUAUGUAGCUUACUGCUGUUUCUCUCCACACUCAUAUCUUGAACACAGAACUGUAUUACUUUGAUCAUGAAGCUGUAUUUUUGUAUAAUUAUGUAAAUAAAAGGAAACCUAGAAUUCUGGUGUUGUUUUUUGAUUGAUUUAUUGAGAUUUGUGAAUAAAACAUAUUUCUAGUGUUGAUGGUCCAUAGUUCUGUUGUCCUACACUUGUUGGAAUAAAGUUUCCUUUCACAUAUAGUUUUUAGGUCUCCACUCAGUAUGAAAUGUUAUUUUCCUUGGUAACGUAAAUAGGCCAGGGAUAAGCAACUGGCCACUUUUGAGUCCUCGGAUCAAUUUCUAAGUCCUCUAAGUCCUCGGAUCAAUUUCUAAGUCCACUAAGUCCUCGGAUCAAUUUCCCCC